AUGUAUCGCAUGAUAUUUCUAGCCGCCGUCUGUGGCUUCUUCUCUUCUCCCAACAUGUCCUCGAGCAACAACAUCUCGCCCUCCUCUGCGCUCUACCAAUACGCGAUCCCGGCCGGGCUGUUCCUCGUCGGGGCCGUGACACUCGCGUUCUACUUCCGGUCACGCGCGAACGCGCAGGAGGCUAGGGAGCGCGCGGUGAUGCGGGCCGGCGGGAUCCGCGUGGGCGUGCGCGGACAGGACGACGACGAGGACCAGGGGCCCAGGCCGGUGCUGGUUGACGCGUAUUUGUCAUCAGCGGGAGAGGGAGCGGGUGGGUGGGAGCGGGUUAUGCCGUUGGCGACGAGUGUGACGCGUUACACGGCGGCGGACAGCAAGGACAGCGCGGGCGGGUCAGCCCCGACAAGGGUGCGUGUGGGAGUGGUGGUCGUAAUGCCCGCGCCACAUGACGACGACCCGCUGCCACAACUCGAACUAGGACUGCUCGAGACAGAGUUGCUGCCCACGCCUGCUCUUACUCCCGGCACCCCGCCAUGUGCUUCGACCUAG